AUGUCUCUGUGCCUUUCGCUGUCACUUCAAACCCGGACUGCUGGCGCUCUGUUCCUGCGUGUGUGAGUGUGUGUGUGAGAGUGUGUGUGUGCGCGCGUGUAUGCAAGACAGACAGACAGACAGACAGACAGACAGACAAACAGACAGACAGACAGAGAGCAUGUGUGUUAUGAGCAUGUGAGUGUGUGCCGGUGUGUUAGAGCGCGGUGAGCGCGCGCGGCAGCGACAUGACCAGAGCCUCGCGAGCGCGUCCGGUCAAUCAUGGAGCUUUUUAAGGCACUGUUUUGGAUUUUAUUACUGAAGCGAGUAAAGGAGUGUGUGUCUGAGGAAGUGGUGUUGCUGAAUUCCAAAGAGUCCCAGGCAGAACUGGGCUGGACCUCAUAUCCUGCUAAUGGAUGGGAGGAGAUCAGCGGUGUGGAUGAGAAGUACAAGCCCAUCCGUACGUACCAGGUGUGUAACGUGAUGGAGCCGAACCAGAACAACUGGCUGAGGACAGGUUGGAUCGGGCGUCGUGGAGGUCAGCGCAUCUAUGUGGAGCUGCAGUUCACGCUGCGUGACUGUAACAGUAUUCCGGGUGUAGCGGGAAGCUGCAAGGAAACCUUCAACCUGCUGUACGCCGAGUCUGACCGUGCGCUGGGGGGUCAGGAUGACGACGAGGCACGCUACAGUAAAGUGGACACCAUCGCCGCUGACGAGAGCUUCACGCAGGGCGACCUGGGCGAGAGAAAGAUGAAGCUGAACACGGAGGUGCGUGAGAUCGGCCCACUGACGCGCCGCGGCUUUCACCUGGCCUUCCAGGACGUGGGCGCGUGCGUGGCCAUCGUCUCUGUACGCAUUUAUUAUAAACGCUGCCGCGCCGCCGUGCAGAACCUCGCCGUCUUCCCCGACACGGUGGCCGAGGCCGCGUUCACCACGCUGGUGGAGGUCCGGGGCGUCUGCGUCAACAACUCUGAGCCGGACGCCACUGACUCGCCUCCCAGGAUGCACUGCAGCGCCGAAGGGGAGUGGCUCGUACCCAUCGGGAGGUGCAGCUGCAGCGCCGGAUACGAGGAGGGACACAGCAGCUGUGAAGCAUGUCCCCCGAGCACGUACAAGACGUCGUCGCAGCAGCAGGAGUGUCUACGGUGUCCUGCUCACAGCGUGGCCGAGGACGACGGCUCCGUCGUGUGCGUGUGCGAAGAAGACCACUAUCGAACGCUCCUGGACCCUCCGUCUGCUCCCUGCACACGACCGCCCUCUCCUCCGCGAGACUUACUCUACACCCUGAAACAGUCCACCCUGAUCCUGGAGUGGGCGUCUCCAUCAGACACGGGGGGACGUAGUGACGUGAGCUACAGCGUGUCAUGUCAGCGUUGUGUCUUUGGCCCGCGGGAACACUGCGAGCCAUGUGGCGCUAACGUGGGCUUCGUGCCUCAGCAGAGCGGCCUGAGCGGGCGUACGGUCACCGUGCUCCACCUGCUGCCCAACACCAACUACACCUUCAGCGUUGAGGCCAGGAACGGCGUCUCUGAUCUGCUGCCCAACAAACGCUUCUACACACACAUCAACGUGUCCACCAGCCUGCCAGCUUCCUCUCAGGUGAGUGAGUUGCGGGUGGAGAAGAUCGAGCAGCGCAGUGUGACUCUGGCAUGGAGAGACUCAUCAAACCCCAACAACAGCCGAACAGAAUACGAGAUCAAAUACUACGAGAAGGAGCAGAAAGAUCAGAGUUAUUCCACUGUGAAAACCGCAGCCACCAAAAUCAGCGUGAACAACCUGAAACCAGGCACCACCUACGUCUUCCUCAUCCGCUCGUGCUCCAGCCCCACCCCUUCCUCUCUUUCCUCUUCUCCCUCUUCCUCCUCCUCCUCUUCUUCAUCACCCCUGUCAUCUUCAUCCUCCUCUUCUUCACCAACCCCCCCCUCCUCUGUUCCUGCCGUGCCUUCCUCUUCACCUCCGCUGGACUACGGGGUCUUCAGCACGCCACUUGAGCUGCAGACGCUCGGAGAGUUGGCCUUGGCAUCGAGUGAGCAGAGUCCGGUGGUGAUCCUGGUGGUGGUGUCAGUAGCUGCUCUCAUCAUACUGCUGUCUCUAGGUGUAGGACUGCUCAUCUGGAGGAGACAUUGUGGCUACAGUAAAGCCAACCAGGAGGGAGACGAGGAGCUCUACUUCCAGUUUAAAAUCCCGACCCGCAGGACGUACAUCGACCCGGAGACGUGUGAAGACCUUCUGCAGGCUGUUCACACCUUCGCCAAAGAGCUGGACAACUCCAGCGUUAAGAUCGAGCGCAUCGUCCACACGGGUGAUUUUGGUGAGGUGUGCCGUGGCUGUCUGAAGCUGCCCAGUAAGCGCGAGCUGCCGGUGGCCAUUAAGACGCUGCGCAGCGGCUGCUCAGAGAAACAACGGCGCUCGUUCCUCUGUGAGGCGGGAAUCCUGGGCCAGUUCGACCACGCGAACAUCAUCCGCCUCGAGGGGGUCAUCACCAGAGGUAACACCACAAUGAUUGUGAUGGAGUGUAUGACCAGUGGUGCCCUGGACUCGUUUCUACGGAAACAUGAGGGUCAGUUCAGUGUGCUCCAGCUGGUGGACCUGCUGAGUGCUGUGGCCUCAGGGAUGAAGUACCUGACUGAGAUGGGUUUCAUCCACCGGCGUCUCGCAGCCCACAAUGUUCUGAUCAACAGCAGCCUGGUGUGUAAAGUCUCCGGCUUCAGACCCUUACAGGACGACAAGAUGGAGUCUGUUUACACCACACUGCAUGGUGGGAAGAGUGUGGUGUUGUGGACGGCCCCUGAGGCGAUCCAGUACCACAGAUACAGCUCCGCCUCCGAUGUCUGGAGCUUCGGCAUCGUCAUGUGGGAGGUGAUGUCAUACGGCGAGAGGCCUUACUGGGACAUGGGGAGUCAAGAUGUGAUCAAAGCGAUCGAGGACGGGUUCCGGUUGCCAGCUCCUCUGAACUGUCCCUCAUCUCUGCACCAGUUGAUGCUGGACUGCUGGCAGAAGGAGCGAACGGAGAGACCGAGCUUCUCUCAGAUCCACAGCGCUCUCAGUAAAACCAUGCGCAGCCCAGACAACAUCGGCUCGUCCACACUGACACACAGGACGCUAGCCUCAUCCUCCAUCUCUCUGGCCGAGAGGACGCUGGCAGAGAGAACCCUAGCAGAGAGAACCCUAGCCGAGAGAACCCUAGCCGAGAGAACCCUAGCAGAGAGAACCCUAGCAGAGAGAACCCUAGCAGAGAGAACCCUAGCCGAGAGAACCCUAGCAGAGAGAACCCUAGCAGAGAGAACCCUAGCCGAGAGAACCCUAGCAGAGAGAACCCUAGCAGAGAGAACCCUAGCAGAGAGAACCCUAGCAGAGAGAACCCUAGCAGAGAGAACCCUAGCAGAGAGAACCCUUCCAUCACUCCCCUCGUUCAGCUCUGUAGGCGAGUGGCUCGAGGCUGUGGAUAUGGGACGCUACAAAGACAACUUCACCGCCACAGGGUACUGCUACCUCGAGUCGGUCGCCCGCAUGAAUGUCCAGGAUGUGCUCAGUCUAGGUAUCACCUCUCUGGAGCAUCAGAAGCAGUUGUUGUCAGCUAUUCAGACUCUAAGAGCACAAGUCAUCCAGAUGCAUGGCCGCGGAGUGCAGGUUUAACACACGCACACACACACACACACACACACACACACUCACGCACAGAGGACGCGUGGAGACACCCUCUGUCCCCAACACUACGUCCACCUGUGAACAAGGUUGACGGUCACGUGACCUCACACCUCCUUGAUGACGCUGCUCUUCCUGUCUCCUGUGGAUCCCGGUCCAUCACAGCUCUGUUCAGAGACGUGGUUGUGUCUCCUCCUGAACCGUCGUCAUGUACACACACUUCCUCUGAGCCGAGAACGGCAGCGUGACGUGACUCAAGACCGCUUCUGUUUGACUGCAGCUCCUUCAAACUCUCUACCGAACUGAGAGCAGCGUCAUGUGCUAACGCUAACACUAACACUGCUAACGUAGCCACCGCACUUCCUCUACGGCCGAGAAGUUCGGAAACUUCAGGAAUAAAAACAAUAAAACAGACAAAUAGGAAAAUUCGACGAUUAAAAGACAAAAUCUUUAAUUUUCUCACAUCUUCAGUGUGUGAACUUUAUUUACGAGUCUUUUCAUCCACAGCUUCCUUUUCAUUUUAUUAUCAUUAUUAUUAUUAUUAUUAUUAUUAUUAUUAUUAUUAUUAUCAGCCGUCCUCACUUUAACCCACGAUGCAGUGUAUAAACUCACAUGGACUCCCAUUUGGAGCGAUCUGUAUUUAUUAUUUAUUUAAUAUUUAUUUCUUUAUCUUGCUGAAGUGUUUUUUUGUUGUUGUUGUUGUUGUUGUUGUUGUUUAUUUCAGAUGAUUGUGAGAAGGACACGAGGACGUGAAGUAAAAAAUAAAACCCAAACUUUUUGCUGAUUUCAGUAGUUGUCUGCAUCAGGAAUGUAAAAUAUGUCAUUGUUUAUGUAAAUGCUGAAACUUUUACAUAUUAGAGCCUCAGACAGGCGUCUCGUCUCGUCACCGCUACACGAAGCCCAAAAGUAAGUACCCCCCCAUCCAUGCCCCACCCCACCCCC